GCGAGUUCAGUAUCGCUCUUCGAUUGCUGCAUAUCAACACGCUCGGAUUUAAACCCGCCAUCAACCGAUCGCCGACAUCACGUUUCUGUGCAAGAUUGGGAUUCUCAACCAACCUACAACAUGGAUCGUCAACCAUCUCUCCGGUUCUGCAAACCAAAACCUCCCACACAUUUCCGCCCACCAUGACAAUACAUCGAAUACUCUCGAGAGCGAAGACUCCCCGUAUUCGAUCGGCAUUCACGGCCGCACGGCCACUGGCAACCAAGAGCCCUCCGCCCUUCCCGACAACGCCGACCUGCCCGGCCCCGACCUGUCCAUGCGCGCCGUCUCCGGAGCUCCCGGAGGAUUUUACGAUCGACCGCAAAGCAUCACUCAACGGCCUGAUCUCCAACUACGCACAACAUGUCCUAGUCUGCACCGGCAAAGACGACUGGCCAUCGCGCAUCGAGGAGGACAACGCGGGCGAUAACCUGGUGGCCGACUUGCGCGAGCUGAUCGGACCCAAGGGCAAGUUCAGCGAUCCCUUCCACAACAUCUCCACGCUCGCCUCCUCCUUCCCCUCCACCCCGCCCCCCAAACAGCGACCGGAGCUGCAGACCAGCUCCGCCUACCUCCUCCCGCAGUUCAAGUACGUGCCGUUCCUGCCGCGGGUGUCCUUCGAGAGCGUCGAGGCGCUGGUGCGCGGCUACCUGCAGCCCGAGCGCCUGCACCCGAUGCACGACGGCCUGUCGCCGAUCCACCGCGACCGCCUGCUGCGCAAGCCCGCCCACCGUGACCUGCUGUGGGGCGUGCGCGACGUGCGCGAGGUGGUGGUGCUCGUUUGUGGUCAUGGUGGGAGGGAUCUGCGCUGUGGGCUGUAUGGCCCGUUGCUGAGGGGGGAGUUUGAGAAGAGGUUGCCUGAACGGGGGGUGGAGGUGCUGAGGGGGGCGGUGGAGGUGGAAGGGGAAGGGGAGGGGCUGCCGGUGGAGGGGGAGAGCUCGGGUCGGCGGACGGCGGCGCGGGUUGGGUUGAUUAGCCAUAUUGGCGGGCAUAAGUUUGCGGGGAAUGUGAUUGUGUAUCUGCCUCCGACUUUGAGGACCGAGGAUGGGGAAGUCCAUCCUUUGGCGGGGCAUGGGAUAUGGUAUGGGAGGGUUGAGCCUCAGCAUGUCGAGGGGAUCGUGGGGGAGACCAUCUUGAAAGGGAGGGUCAUUGAGGAGUUGUUUAGAGGAGGGAUCAAGCAGGACGGGCAGAUCUUGAGGUUAUAGCUAGACCAUAUGAUUGAGGCUAGACUAUACUGUGUGGAUAGAGUAGAAGAGCAACGCCUUCCUCGCACCGAAUAUUGGCUAACCGAGUGUUUGAUAUGGGCCUUGGCGUCUGCCAUUGACGGGGCGAAAUAUUAGUUAAAUGCAUAACUAGCAUACUUGGCUCAUCGCCAAAUCAACCAACCAAUUUAAGCCGUC